CGGGGGGAGCGAGGCGGGGAGGAGGGGACGCGCAGGGGCACAGUCAGGCGGCGGGGCCGGCUCGGACUCUACCAAGCGCGCCGCCCGCCUGCUCCGCCCGGGGUCUGCGCCGAGCCGCGCUCCGGCCGCGGCGGCCGCGGCGUCCUCGGAGCCGGGAGCGGCAGCUCCCAACUGCCCGUGGACGGCGGGGGGCGGGGGGAAAAAGCAACGCGCGCCCGGUGGCCCGGAUUGGCCUCCUGGUCCCCCCGCCUGGGCGGCGGAGUGCCGGCGGCCCGGGGCUGGGAGGUUUGAAAAGCCGGCGAGAGACAAAGGCAGCUGGAAGCCUCCUCGGCGCCCGGAGCCCGUGCGCCCGGCCCCCGGGGCCCCUCGCCGGCCCGCGGAGCAGCGGCGGCAGCCGGAGGCGGCAGCGACAGGAGGCGGAGGAUGCGGCAGGGGGCGUGGGAGCGGCGGCGGCGGAGCGGCGCGGCAGGAGCGCGGCGUGGUUAGACCCAGGCGGCGGCGGCGGCCGGGCUUGGGGAGUGAGUGAGCGGGCACCUUCCCCGCCCGGGAUGUGAGGACCGAGCAGAGCCCGGGGCGGGGGGAGGGAAGGGAAGGGAGGCGAAGCCGGCAGGAAGGAAGGAAGGACGGACGCACCAGGAGGAGGAGCGGCGGCGGCGGCCGGAGCCGGAAGGCGGGGAGGGGCGGUCCGUUGGGCCCGAGGCGGCGGAGGCGGCAGCGGCCGGGGCGGCCCGCUCUCGUCUCCUUCCCGGGGCAGGAGCGGCGGGGCCCGCGCCUCCUCCCCCCAGCGCCGCGGAGGGGGGAGGAGGAAGAUGGAGACCCACAUCUCCUGCUUGUUCCCGGAGCUGCUGGCCAUGAUCUUCGGCUACCUGGACGUCCGGGACAAGGGGCGCGCGGCGCAGGUGUGCACGGCCUGGAGGGACGCCGCCUACCACAAGUCGGUGUGGCGGGGGGUGGAGGCCAAGCUGCACCUGCGCCGGGCCAACCCGUCGCUGUUCCCCAGCCUGCAGGCCCGGGGUAUCCGCCGCGUGCAGAUCCUCAGCCUCCGCCGCAGCCUGAGCUACGUGAUCCAGGGCAUGGCCAACAUCGAGAGCCUCAACCUCAGCGGCUGCUACAACCUCACUGACAACGGACUGGGCCACGCGUUUGUGCAGGAGAUCGGCUCCCUGCGCGCCCUCAACCUGAGUCUCUGCAAGCAGAUCACCGACAGCAGCCUGGGCCGCAUAGCCCAGUACCUCAAGGGCCUGGAAGUGCUGGAGCUGGGGGGCUGCAGCAACAUCACCAACACCGGCCUUCUGCUCAUCGCCUGGGGCCUGCAGCGCCUCAAGAGCCUUAAUCUCCGCAGCUGCCGCCACCUCUCGGACGUGGGCAUCGGGCACCUCGCUGGCAUGACGCGCAGCGCGGCCGAGGGCUGCCUGGGCCUGGAGCAGCUCACUCUACAGGACUGCCAGAAGCUCACGGAUCUUUCUCUCAAGCACAUCUCCCGAGGGCUGACUGGCCUGAGGCUCCUCAACCUCAGCUUCUGCGGGGGCAUCUCAGACGCAGGCCUUCUGCACCUGUCGCACAUGGGCAGCCUACGCAGCCUUAACUUGCGUUCCUGCGACAACAUCAGUGACACGGGCAUCAUGCAUCUGGCCAUGGGCAGCCUGCGCCUCUCGGGGCUAGAUGUGUCGUUCUGUGACAAGGUUGGGGACCAGAGUCUGGCUUACAUAGCCCAGGGGCUGGACGGCCUCAAGUCCCUCUCCCUGUGUUCCUGCCACAUUAGUGACGAUGGCAUCAACCGCAUGGUGCGGCAGAUGCACGGGCUGCGCACGCUCAACAUUGGACAGUGCGUGCGCAUCACCGACAAGGGCCUGGAGCUGAUUGCUGAGCAUCUGAGCCAGCUCACGGGCAUAGACCUCUAUGGCUGUACCCGCAUCACCAAGCGCGGCCUGGAGCGCAUCACGCAGCUUCCCUGCCUCAAGGUACUCAACCUGGGACUCUGGCAGAUGACGGACAGUGAGAAGGUCAGAGAUUGCUCUGAGUUUGCCUGGUGGAGUUGCCUUUACCAGCCCAGCACAUUUGGUACUGUGUAAAGCCUCGUCUUCCAGUUGGGUGCAAGAGAAAGUAAGCUGGAGAUCUUAACUGCACAGCACUAAAGUGGGGUAUGUGAACACCCCCCC